AUGGUGGACCCUUCCCUGGCGGUUCUGGACAAGGACCUCGCUGAGCGAGUGGUGCUGCUUGCGGACCUUGAUGUACGCCUGGUGUGCAUCUAUGGCGCGAUUGACGCAUACCACAUUCUGCAGGGUCUACAGGAUGAAAGCAGCGAAGAUGCCGAGUGCUUCUACUGCUACCAGCGCUGGGGCAACACCGGCAGCUCGGGCAGCAAGAAGAUCGAAGGCCCCUUCUCCGAGCAGAAGAUGCGCGAAGUCUUCGCCGAGGCCUUCGAGGCACGCACGGGUGCUUCGUGGGGAAGCAUCAAGCCAGGUGACAGAGUGGCGCAUGGACGCUUCUGGUGGCAACAGGUGGCUGCCGUAGAGGAGAAGGCUUACUGGCAAUACUACGUGCAUGAUGGCGUGGAUGGCAAGUCUCGUGGCUGGUACCCGUACGAGGAUGACGCAUCAGCAGAGGUGGAAGACGUCUUCGCGCAACACAUGAGCAACAACCAGGAGUCUCGCACCAAGAUCAGGACAGUCUCGUCAGGCUUCUUCUCAUACAGAAUCGACCUGGAGGCCAUGACUCAGGAGAACACCAAGACAGGAAAGGUCAGGGCUAUCCGGCGCUUCACCGCCACCGAGGCUCCUCCGAAGGGCGGCAAAAGCACCAAAGGUGUUCGCCCGGCGGCAGGGAAGCGAGCCCCCAAAGCGCCAGUCGACCGGAAGAAGGUGACGAAGAAGAUCCUGAAGACUGCAAAGUCCUCCAAGCCCGGGGCGAGGAAAGCCAAACUCACCCGUGAGGCCAAGCCGAAGUCCCGCAAGGUCGCGAAGAAGGCCGUGAAGGUCGCAAAGGGCAAGCAAGCCAAAGAGCAAGUCUUCCUUGGCAAGUUCACCCGGACCUCCACCGGCCUCAAGAAAGCCGACCUGAAGCGGAACAAGUACGGCAAGGUGGUGAGCAAGAAGAUGUCCGAAGCAGGCCGGAAAAGCUUCGGGCGGGUCGCCUGCUGGAUCGCCGCGUGCCAGAAAGCCAGGGAUGAGCUUGGGAUCAAAGGCUUCGUCGCGAUCCGAAAGGGCACCGAGCUGUACAAGAAGGCGAAGGAGCUCCAGCCCCACGUGAAGCCCCACGCCCUUCCGAAAGCCAAGCGCUGA